AAGAAUCAAAAUAAAUUUGUCAUGAAAUUUGGGGAAAAUUAAAGAAAAAAACCCUAGGAAAGAGAUUGUGAAGGAAGGAAGGCGCUAAUUUGGGGAAAAUUUCAUCCGAAACCUAAACCCCCAAAUUGGAAAAUUAAAAUAGGACAAAUUGCCCCCCUUUUCAUCUCAUCUUUCCAAAACCCUCGCUCGUCAAACUCUGCCGUUCUCUGUUUUCCUCGUAACCCUUUUCAGACGUUCCUUCGAUUCAUUGAUUGAUAUGUGUCUGUGUUGAUACAUACAUACAUACAUCCCUUCGCACAACACAUCUGCUUCUUCUUCUUCUUCUUCUGUUUUACAAAAUGGUCUCUGGUUCGCGCAUCGAAGGGACCCACAAUUUAUCAGCCGGUGUUCGUAAAACCAUUCAAUCCAUCAAAGAAAUCGUUGGUAAUCAUUCCGAUGCUGAUAUUUACGUUGCCCUUAAAGAAACCAACAUGGACCCUAAUGAGACCACUCAGAAAUUGUUAAAUCAAGAUCCGUUUCAUGAAGUUAAGAGGAAACGAGACAAAAAGAAGGAGGUUACACCAAUUAAGGGGCCCACGCCUGUAAGGCCAAGAAAGCCCAUUGAAAAGCCCACUGAACAACUAGUUCAAGGAAUGAAACCCAAUACACAUUCGGAUCGUAGCUCUUUUCGAAGAGCAGGUUUUGUUCGGAGUAACAUAUCCGAUGCAGGAAGAACUAGACAGUUUCGUGUUGUGAGGGACAACCGAAUUAGUCAAAAUGAGAUAAAACCUUCUGCUAAAAGCUCAGUAAGCGUGACCACUAAAGAGCCACCAACUUCAACCGCUCAUGAAAAGAGCUCAGCUGAGGAUUCCAAAACCCUAAAACCAGUUGUGAAUCCGCCGAUUGAUUCAUUAUCUAAACAAGUAAAAGGUGUUAGUUUGACUGCAAGUGGUAAGAGACCCGUGGUCUCAAACGUUACUCCACCUGUACAGGUGGCAACAAAACCACACGAUUCAGUCACAUCACCCAACAGUUCAGUAAUCGGAGUCUAUUCAUCAUCUUCUGACCCGGUUCAUAUACCAUCUUUAGCAUCCAGACCAGCUGCAAAUGUGGGGGCCAUAAAACGGGAAAUCGGGCCUGUUGGUGUUCGCCGUCACGCCACGUCAGAAAAUCCUACCAAGUUGGGAUCCGUGCAGGCCACUUCUGUAUCAAACUCAAAAGAUCAUUUUAGAUCUUUUCCCGCCACAUCCAAGACCGACCAACAUUCUCAGUCCAAUGUGGUGGAAUCUGUGCCAAGCGGACGGUCCUUUAAUAAUCAGUACGGUAGCAGGCCACAUCAGCAACUUGUGACUCACCACAAAGCUCCUCAAGCAAAUAAGGAGUGGAAACCAAAAUCAAGUCAGAAACCGAGUGUUAUUGAAGUCGGGGUUAUCGGAACGUCAAAAAAAUCCACAUCAUCUCCCGCCAAAAAUUCUAAGGAUUUGAUUUUUGGCAGCUUUGAAGUUGAGCCAGAAUUACCGCAGAAUCACGAGGAUCAGAAUGUGAUCAUUGCAGCACAUAUUCGGGUCUCGGAGACUGACCGUUGCCGGUUGACUUUUGGCAGCUUGGGAGUUGACUCAGAUUUACCCCAGAAUGUUGAUGAAUCACAUGUUGAACCUUUGGCAAGACUGGAUGACAGUUUAUCGGCUAGCUCACCGGAAUCUUCUAUUGAUGAACCUUCCGGAAGCAAACCAGCUGAGUUGGUAGACGAACAAAGCUCCGGUUCAGUUUCUCCCGGUUCAAGGACAUCUGAACCACAAUUGACUGAUAAGGUCGAGUCAUCAAGUCCACAAAACAUGGAAAACUACACCAAUAUCGGUAUGGUUAGGCACAGCAGCCCGUCUUAUGCUCCUUCAGAGACGCAUCAACAACAAGGUUCUUCAGAAUUGCCAAGUUUCUCGCAGGCGUAUGAUUCUCAGAGCGGAUAUGAUAUGUCGUAUUUCAGGCCAGCUAGCGAUGAAUCUCUCCGGGGUCAGGUGUUACAAACUCCUCAGGAGGGAUUUAAUUCUCAUGUGGCUAACAGCAUUCCCGCAACGACAAUACCGAUGGUACAGCAACAAGCUCCAGUGGCGGCGCAAAUGUAUCCGCAAGUUCAUCUUCCUCAUUUCGCAAACCUUAUGCCUUACCGCCAGUUUAUAUCCCCUGUGUAUGUCCCGCCAAUGGUUAUGCCGGGGUACUCUAACAACCCUACGUAUUCCCCCCAUCCGUCUACUGGUAAUAGUUACCUGAUGAUGGCCGGUGCCAACUCAGCGCAUGUAAGCGCAAACGGGCUGAAAUACGCCAUUCCACAGUACAAGUCUGUCCAGGCUGGCAGUCCUACCGGGUUCGGGAACUUUACUAGUCCUACGGGAUAUGCGUUAAAUACUCCUGGUGUUGUGGGAAGCGCGUCUGGGUUAGAUGAUUCCUCUCGGCUCAAGUACAAAGACGGGAAUAUUUAUGUUCCAAAUCCACAGGCGGAGACAUCUGAACUUUGGAUGAAUCCUAGGGAUAUGCCUAGUAUGCAAUCAGCUUCAUACUACAACAUGGCGGGACAAUCACCACAUGCGGCGUAUAUGCCAUCACACACUGGGCAUGCUUCGUUCAAUGCGGCUGCUGCGCAGUCUUCUCAUAUGCAAUUUCCGGGAUUGUACCAUCCUCCUCCACAGGGGGCAGCGGUUGCAAACGCGCAUCAUAUGGGGGGGAAUGUUGGUGUUGGAGCAGGAGCUCCGGGAACCCAAGUUGGUUAUCAGCAGCAGCCUCAGUUGAGUCAGCUGAAUUGGACAGGGAACUUUUGAAACGAUGAUGAUAUGACUUUUUUCUUGUAUGGGGACUUAAAAGUAGUUAUAGAAGCGUUUUGUUUAUGAAAAACGGACCUUACAAGUUUCCCCUAUCUAUGCAUAAUGAUGCUGUUUCUUGUCU